ACAGCUUGUCAAAGCAAUUUCCUAUAUGAUAAACAAAUUUCCUGCUUCUCCUGAUCUGAACGCGUUUUAAAUGAACUUGUAAAAUAAUUUUACUUAAGAUGUGACAGUCCAAAUUGGGCUUCCUGUUGUUUAUGACGUCAAAACAUGGCGAAAUUUCUUUUGAUCUUUUGGACAGUUUUCCUUCUCUCUUGCUGGCCUAUUUUUUUUCAAAGCGUAGGUUUAGAAUGCUUUUAGAAAUAUUAUUUCUAGCCAAAAACUACUAAGCUACUAAGUAAAAGGAGCUAUAACUGAGCUAGUAGUAGCGGUAUUGUUGUCGAUUUCAAGAGCUGCUCAUGAGUCGAGUUUUUCGCCAUAACGAUAUUUUACUUCUUUUUGUUGUAAACUUAAUCUUUCUCCAUCCAGCACUGAGUAUCAUCCAUGUAGAGGAUUCUGGUGUGUUACCUGUGAAUGCUGACAGCUAUGCUCUACAGUUCUAUCUAGCUGUUGCAAAUGACGCAGGACGAAAGCUCACUGUCUCAUCAGGAAAACCUCGCUGCUGUUGGGAAGUAGAGAGAGGAGACCUGGACUGCCAAUCCAUGGUAUUAAUUGGAGGCAAUGAAGUUAUAAUUCACCCUAAAAAAGUCCACAACAUAUCAUUCCUUUUUCCAACAACAUAUCCUAUGGACAGGGUUGGUAAGUGCCACUUUCUUCUUAAAGUAAACAAGCAGAAAGUACAGCAUAUUGUGCUGUUUAAUACCACUGAACCACGCAAAGAAAUUGGCUGGAAACAAGCAUUAACUGGUUUUGGUGGUGGUUUCAGCACUUGCAAAGGAGUGGACCUUGAUCCACGAAAUGAGUGUAAACCAGUUGACUGCCUGGAAAAAUACAAUGGAUUUAGAUCAUUCUUUGAUAAAGAACGUGGCAAGUGUAUACCUGUGCAUAAUUGUUAUACCAAGAUGAAAGACAAAGAAGUACCAGAAAUAGCAUUUGACAAGGACCAUAACGAGUGCAAGAGUCUUAUUGGUGACAAACUAACAGACAAACAGAAAAAAUUUCUGCUGGACAGGAGUGAUCACAGUUCACUGGCCAAGAAAAGAGUGAACCUGGAGGAUAUUAAAGAGAUUAACCCAGUACCUCUCAAUUGCAACCAUGGUCAGCAUGUUGGUUCCACAUGUGUUUGUGAUGACGGCUGGGGUACAGACACCUCAGUGGUUGCUAGUGGUGACGAAAGAUAUAUCUUUAAUUGGUGUAACAAGAGGAUAUUGACACCAUUCAGUGUCUCACUUCAAAUCCAGACGAUCAUGUUGAUGACUGGACUGGGGCUGAUAUCAUUCAGUCUUUUCAUUGGUUGGAUUAUUAUUGUUUGGGGAUGCUUCAUCGUCCCUAGCAACAGUCUAGCCAAUGAGCAUCCAGGAGAGCAGACAGGAAGUGAAGAAGAUUUUUCAGAGGACAGCUCGAGUUCCGAUUUCAGCUCGUUUUCCGAUUCGGCGCAACCUCGGUUUGGCAUCGUAACAAAAUCGUAUGAGCCUCGGAACGAUGAUGAGCUAAGGCUACUAAAAGGACAACGUAUUCGAAAGCUACAAUAUACAAACAGAGAUGGGAUGAUGAAAGGUGAACUGAAGAGAAAAGUAGGAUACUUCCCACUCCGUAACAUCAAAAUAGCGGAGCAAGAUGACUAUGAAAACUACCACAGUUCUGACUAGGUGGGCUUCCUGUGUCAGUAUCAGAUACAUUAGUUGGAAGAGAAAACAUACCACUUCUUUCAAAAAAUAUAGAAAAGGUGCAUUUUGCUUAUUUUUUUAGAAAACACAUUACAAUUUGUCGAAAACGUAUUGAAAUAAAUGGUACUGGUGUUGGAAAAGAAAAGAGAAUUAAAAAAUGA